UUCCACGUGAUUCAGAAACUAUCCGAUGCGAGUCUUCAUUUGCGAGUUUUUUUGUCUGUAAGCAGACCGAAGUACGAGAGCUUUAGGGUGACCGAAACGUGGAAACAUUUGGAGUUUCAGCGCUUCUCCAAAUAAUAAAACGAGUAAACAUAGUGCUUACACAAUGGUACAAAUCAACCUCCCCCAAACGCCAAAUGUACUAUGGGUACAAAAUCAGUGUAUAACGAAAUGCCAUUUAACAACCUUUAUUAGUCGAGUAUUAGAGUAUAUCUAGGGCAUACCUAUAUAUACACACAUACAGUGCCCUCUAAAAGUAUUGGAACAGCGAGGCCAAUUCCUUUGUUUUUGCAAUAAACUGAAUGCAUUUGGGGUUGAGAUAAAAAAAUGAACAUGAGAUAAGAGUUCCGAAUUCCAGCUUCUAUUUCCUGGCAUUUACACCCAAAUGUGUUAAACUACUCAGAACAUAGCUCCUUUGGCAAAAUAACCCGAUAUUUAGGUGAGCAACACUUAAUAUUUGGUAGCAUAUCCCUUGCUUGCAAUAACUGCAUCCAACCUGAGACCCGUUGACAUCACCAAACUGUUCCAUUCUUCUGUUGUGAUGCCUUUUCCAGGCUUUUACUACAGCCUCUUUCAGCCUCUUUCAGCCUCUUUCAGCCUCUUUCAGUUGUUCAGGGUUUUUUUCCCUUCAGUCUCCUCUCCAGGAGGUGAAUGCCCAAUUGGGUUAAGGUCUGGUGAUGGACUUGGCACGUCUAAAACCUUCCACUUUUUCUCCCUACUUUUGUCCAUUGUUGUGUUGGCAGUGUGUUUUGGGCCAUUGUCUUGCUGCAUGAUGAAGCUCCUCCCAAUUAAUUUGGGGGCAUUUCUCUAUAAAUUGGCAGACUGAAUGUUUUUGUAGACUUCUGAAUUCAUCCUGUUGCUACCAUCGUGAGUUAUAUCAAUAAAGAUUAGUGAGCCCACUCCAGAAGCAGCAAUGCAAGCCCAAGCCAUGACACUUCCUCCACCGUGCUUCACAGAUGAGCUUGUAUGUUUUGGAUCAUGAGCAGAUCCCUUCUUUCUCUACACUUUGGCCUUUUGAUCACUUUGGCAGAGGUUAACCUUGCUCUCAUCAGUCUAUAAAACUUUGAUGUGGCUCAUCUCUGUACGUCUGUGCGUUGCGUUUCCGUGUCUUAGUGAGAGGGCGACGACCACAGUGCACACCAUAGUCACCCUCUCAAUUUGUUCAUUCGUUGUUAUUCAUUUCACCUGUGUUUUCACUUUCUGAUUCCAUCUUGCUAUCUGUCUUUUAUAAACCCAUCUGUUUGUUCAAUAAAAGAAAACUCCACACCCUCCAGUGUUAUUUUCUGUUAGCAGAUCAACCUGUUAUUUUAAACUUCCUUAUUCCGCCUAUCCCGUCUGUAUAGUUUUGAUCCACUGUGUAUCGACCUGUUUCUGUUUUUCGACUUCAUUUUGUGGUUUCCGAUUCUGUCUGAUUUGCCUGUUUGUUUUUGACCCUUCGCCUGUGACCAUGACUACGUGUUGGAUUAUCCAUAUUGUACCCGUUUGCUGACGGUGUGACGGCUCCCCAGUCAUGUGAUCUCAACAACGGAGGGAAUAUCUCCUGAUGACUCAGAUGCUCCUAACCCAGUCACUGUGUGCAGAUAAACAGCCUUUAAAAAGCGCUGUAUGAAGUGGUCUCUGUCCGUAGCGAUGCUGGAUGAAUACAGGUGGUGAGAAUAAGAUGUCUGGAUGGCGCUGUGUCGCGCGGCGGCCCCCGCGGCCCCCCCGCGCGGUGCUGCAGGGGCUGGGGCUCUGCCUCCUGACGUUUGCCGUUGUCAUGCCGACGCUGUGCCACCGGCUGCUGCACUCGUACUACUUCCUGCGCUCGCUGUACCUGGACCGGCUGAGCGACCGCGCCCUGGCCGAGAGCCACGCGCGCGGGCAGGAGGCGCUGAGCUUCUGGAGCGCCCCCAACGCUCACGCUCCGCCCCCGGCCAAUCACAGCGCCCGGCCGCACCUGCUGGUCACCGUGGUGACAGCCCGGCGCACGGAGGGCGGGGAGUAUCACUACCUGCUGCAGGUGAUGCAGCGGCUGUCCACACUGCUGCAGGCCUGCCAGGGACCCGCCUGCCCACAAGUGCUGGUGUGCGACGUGGAAAGCGGUCCCCAGGGAAACGAGGACGUGCUCCUGCUGGAGAGGAGGUUCCGGGUGGCGCGGCGCGGGCGGGGCGGGGCGGAGGUGAACGUGUUCGAGAAGGAGAAGCGGGACUACGUGUUCUGCCUGCAGAGGGGCUGGGCCCUGUACGAGCCGCAGAACGUGGUGCUGCUGGAGGACGACGCCCUGCCCAGGCCCGACUUCUUCCCCGUGCUGGAGGACCUGCUGUCGCGGGCCUUCGCCUCGCGGACGCUGUACGUGAAGCUGUACCACCCGGAGCGGCUGCAGCGCUACUGGAACCCGGAGCCCUACCGCCUGCUGGAGUGGCUGGGUCUGGGGCUGGUGGGGGGCACUGUGCUGCUGCCCCUGAGUCCCCGGGGCCCCCCCGGGCUGCGUCUGGCCCUGCUGGUGCCGUACGUCAUGGCCGUGGCGGAGCUCCUGGGGAGGCACUACCUGCUGGAGCUCCGCCGCCUGUCCCCCCAGCUCUACGCCGUCGCCCCGGCAACCGAGUGCUGCACCCCCGCCAUGCUGUUUCCUGGCAACGCCUCCCUGCGAGCCGCGCGGUACCUGGAGGCGGAGCUCUGUGUUCGGGGGCGGGCCAAGGACACGGUUCUGUACCACAUCGCCCGCUCAGCCCCGGGGGAGAGAGCACACAGCCUGGAGCCCAACCUCAUCACACACAUCGGAGCUUUCUCCUCCGUCAGGGCCAACCCCACACACCCCCGUCUGCUCUGAACCCCCCCGUCUGCUCUGAACCCCCCCACACACCCCCCCGUCUGCU